AAUAGAAACAAACGAAUGUCUGCGACGGACGUCCGGUUCUGGUCUGCAUUUUGACGACAUUGGAUGCAGUGGAGUAACUUUCUUUCCAGCCAGUUUAUGAACUUGGAAUAUAUUACAGAGAUUGAUUUAUGUAUGCAAUAGAUGAUAUACACAUCAUUGAACGAUUAAUCAACAGGAAAUCUGGAUAAAAUAACCUGUCGAUGAUCGCAGGUAGAUGUGCUAGCAGUUCGCCAUUUUCUGUGACUGAUUUUGGUGAGAGACAUGGAGUUUCUUUACCAGUGGCUGUGUUUGGUGUGUGCGUUGUUUCAAGCUUCUGGACAGAUCCUUUCGGGGAAAGCGCAUGGAACCACACGGCAGACAACACAACCAGGCAGGCUAAAUAGGCACGUGAAUACUGUUUCUCAAGGCACCAGCAGUAAAGUGCGUAUUCCUGAGACGAGACAAGCGGCACUGAUGGGUAAUAAAGGAUCCAGCCCUCAAAUGAUGACAAUGAUGCCAGGAUAUUUUCUCUCGAAAUUUCCCUCAACUCGAGCGACGAUGGCGCCUGGAAUUCAGAGAAGCAGUUUAGGAAGUCCACAUCCAUUUAAUACGAAUGAACCUCGACACGGAGUGGUAGGGUUCUUAAUGCAAACUACCCCUUCCCCGAGAUUAAAGAUGAUACAAUCCGUGAGUGCAAUUGUCAGAAAGGAAUUUGUUCCCCCAGCUCAAGAGAGAAUACCCAUAAAACGUUCAGAUCAGCCUUCGCAUUCAGUGACUGUUAACUCGCCUUUCCGACAGCUAGUAAAUUCACGUGGUACUGAAAUUUCACAAACACCCUCAUCCAAUACCCUGCAAAACGGACCGUUUUCCCCGCGAGGUUUUCCAGGAAGAGUGAAACAUACACAUGUUUAUAAUAAUUUACAAAACGCACGUAUUCAGCAACAGGGAAAGGAGCAUGCCCAUACUUCUCCGUCCAAUGUUUUACAAAAUGGUAAUAGUAACCAGCACUCAUUAUCAUCAAGAACAGGACCUCCGCGAACCCCACCUAAUGUUUCACAAAAUCUGCCUGUUCAACAGCACAUGUCAAGAGUAAAGGAUGUGAAAACUUCAUCUCGAAUUGUUCAAAAUCCUCAGCAUCAACCGUCACAAAAAAUGAAGCAUGUAAAAAUGUCAUUAUUUCAUGCCUUGCAAAGUCCUUCAUUUGCUCCCCAAAAUGCACCACAGAAUAGAAUUGACAAUGCACAAACUUCUGUUGUCUCACAUAACCAGCCUGCUUCCAAGAAUACUGUACCAAUAACUAAGAAGCAUGGUCAGACUGCUGUUAAAAUGCAAAAUCAAAGUGGCCAUCAGCUUUCAACACCCAUAAGAGCUGGACAUACGCAAACAUCAUCCAAUGUUGUACAGAAUCCGCCUGUUCUUCAACAUAUACCACCAAGAGCGCAAACGUUAACCAGUGUCUAUCAGAACCCAUCUAAUCUACGUCAUGUUUUACCACGAAAAAUUAAACAUACAAAUGAUCCUUUACAUUCAAUACCAACCCAUUCGCAACAACUAGUAAAUUCCCGUGGUACUGAAAUUUCGCAAACGUCCUCAUCUAAUAACGGACCGUUUUCCUCGCAAGGAUUUCUUGGAGGAGUGAAACAUACACAUGUAUCUAAUAAUUUACAAAACGCACGUAUUCAGCAAGAUGUUCAGCAACAGGGAAAGGAGCAUGUCCAUGCUUCUCCAUCCAAUGUUUUACAAAAUGGUGGUAGAAUCCACCACUCUUCAUCCUCGGGAAUAGAGCCUCCGCAAAACUUAUUAGAUUUUUUACAAAGUUUACCUACUGCACACCAGGUACCAGGAUUGAGGGAUGUACAAACCUCAUCUAGAAUGUUUCGAAACUCAUCUAUCCCCCAGUAUGACCCACCACGAAAAAUAGAGCAAGUGCGAACUCCGUCAUAUAAUGCCUCAAAAACUCAUUUAACUGUUCCCCAUAAAGUAGCAUCGUCAUCAAGAAUUAGAGAUGCACCGACUUCAUAUGCUGUUCCACAAAAUCUUGUUCCCCAAACAGUGACACCAAGGAGUAUGGGGCAUUCACAAACUUCGUCCACUGGCUUGCGAAAACCACCUUUUCCCCAACAUGAAGCUCCACAAAGAAAUGAACGUACUCAAACACUAUCAAACAUUUUUCAAACUACACUUAAUCCACAGAAGUCAACAAUGAAAAUGGAACAGGCAAAAACGGCACCACCCUAUGAUUUAUCGACUUCACAUACUUCAAGACAUGUUUCACCUCAAGGAAUGGAGCAUAGGACUAAGGCCUUACAAACUCCAAGCAUUUCAAAUCGUUUAGCAUCUGACAAAAAGAAUCCUCAUGAUAUUUCUUCAUCAAGUGUUAUUCGAAAUCAACAUACUUCCCAAAAUCAAAUAAAGAUGGAGAAUUCACACACUUUAUCAUCUAACAUUAUACGAAAGCUUCCAGUUUACCAGAAUGUUGCAGCACGAAAAAUGGAACCCCGACAAACUAAAAGUGCGCUAAUUUCAUCCACCAAUAUUGUUGAAAGCAUCCCUUUUCCCCUGCAAGAAACUAGACGAGUAAAGGAACCAAGGGGGAUAAGACAUGCUCAGACUUCGCCGUCUAAUGCGCUAUACACCUCACCUAUUCCGAAUUCUCUAACACCAGGAAGAGUAGAAUGGACUCAGAAAACGUCACCUAAUUCAUUAAUUAAUGGACGUCAGGAGAAUGUAGCACCAAAAGGAGUAGAAAAUGCGCAUAUAUCAAAUUCCAAUAUAUUGCUUAACUUGCUAGUCGACCAGCAAGAAUUACCACAAGGAAUGAAGAAUGCUCAAAUUUCAUCAGCUAAUAUCAUACGACACUUGCCUGUCGACCAACAAGUAUUACCACGAAGAAUGAAACAUAAACAAAUUUCAUCGGCUAAUAUCGUCCGAUACUUGCCAAUCGAUGAACGAGCACCACGGCGACAAAUGAGACACGUGCAAUUUUCAUCAUUCAGUAACGUGCAAAUUCCAAAUAUUCCCAAGCAGAUGAAAUCUCGAGAAAUUAAUAAUAUGCAAUUUUCACCACCAAAUACUUUAUCAAACGUGCCGGUCCGACAAGAAGCAAUUGCAAAAGAAAUUGCGGCUGUGCAAACUCCAUCUUCGCAAAAGAGAGCUAUUCAGACUAAGCAGCAACAGAAACGACAAGUUAUAUCCAAUUCGCAACUUGGGGAACAAGCCAACAGCAAAGUCCAAACUACUAGCCAUAGAAAGCAAAGAGGUUUGCCCAAAGCGCAACCAGUUCCUACAAUAAUUAAUGGUAAGAAAUAUAUGGUAAACCCGUUGUUUAUUGGUCUCCUAAAGAAUUACUUUGCAAACGCAGGCCUUGAUAUGAAAACAGGACAUUCUAAAAGCGCAAACGGAAAGAAGACUGCCCAAAAUGUGAAUAUGAUUGACAAGAAACAGAGAUUUCAAACGAAGUCUCAAGGAAAACGCAAUGAGAUAAAAAUGUCAGAUACUCAAACGAAUAAUGGAGGAGUGGGAAAGGGACAAAAUCCAUUUCCAACAAGAAAUGUAAUACAAGCACGGAUCCUCAACGAAUCGUCUGUGAACAAUCAAAAAACACAAACUCAAGACAUGAAAACUACCAGAAAAAUAGAUAUAGGUGCGCACCCUAGUACAAAAAUUCCCAAUGCUAGAUAUACCACUAAAGCAACUACUCAUCCAUACAGUUCAUCGUUAAGUAACGAUUAUUCAAAAAAGACCACCCAACCACACACGCCGUAUGUACACACUAUUCGUGUUACAAGUACAACCACAAAACCAACGACUGCGUGGAAUACAGCGAGAAUGAGAAGUACACCUCCACCUUCAUCCAUUCCCAAACCCUCACAACCACAAAGUGUGAUAAAAACUACUACACAUACAACCAUAAAACCGCCAUUACCAGUUACACAGACAACAACCACUGCACCUAAGAGGAGAAAGGCACUCUUGAUGCCCUUCAGGAAGAUGCCUGUAAAACAGAUGAUAACCCAACCUAUUACAAAACCAACACCAUAUCUUCCGACCCCAAUUAUUCACAGAAUCCCAAGCGCUUCCAAUGCUAAUAUAUCAACAACAUUAUCUCAGAAUCUCUCUACAAAUACUCCGAGGACAUUUACCAAAGAACCAACGAUACAUGCAAAGGAUGCUACCACUACACGUUCCACAUACCCUUCCAUGACCAAGGUAACGACAUAUGCACCUACAUUAACUUUCCAACCUUCUGGAGGGACACAGACUGUUAUUGAUACACCAUUAAAGCCGGAAACACAGCUUUCUAAUCCAUUCAAUGAUAGUUCAUCGAUUAAUAAUACAAGCUCUACGACGAAAGUCGUUCCUUCAGUAAAGACCACCACUCCCCCUGGGUCUACACCCAAAGGCAUUACCGUGGCAAAGAAUACCACUCUUUCUGGUUCAAACAAACUACGGACGCCGGAUCAAUUAUCUAAUCCUUCACAGAAGCAGACCCAAAAGAAGACAGAGCCAAAGGGAAAAAGAAAGGAACAGACAACUAGUCCCAUCGACAUUCCAAAGAAGAAACCCGUGAACGUACGACUUGGAUUCGAACUCAAUCAUUUUAGGCAUACUGAUAUGAAAUCUCAAAAGGAAAGUAAUAAACUGAUCGAUGGUGAAGGAGUAUUAUUUGGUGAUAUUUUUAGAUACAGUAAUGGAUUGCAUCCUUCCGGGAGGGUAGGAGUUCAUAAAGGUUUUGCUGGAUUCAACAACCGCGUAAACGACGUGGAAUUAUUAGUGUUGAGGUAGCUGCUCCUUUUGGUAUCAAUGCGCUAUAUGAUAUAUAGGACACAGAUGAUGAUGGGUUACGGUUUCACGGGAAAAGGUGGAAGAUUAAUUGUUUCUCUAUUGUUGAUGUGCCUCCGUGCAACUCCGUGUAAGCUUGUGCAGAUUCGUACUAAUAGAUAUCCAAUAAAUCAUUUAACUGUA